CAACAUAUCAACACGGCUUGGCACUAUGGAAACGAAAAAGCAGUUGGUGAAGGGAUCAGAAGUCCAGGGGUCCUAAGAAGUGAGCUCUUUCUCACGGACAAAAUUUGGGGAACGUAUCAUUCCCGAGCCCAAGAAGCCCUCAAGCUCAACCUCUCAGCUCUGGGCGUUGGCUACCUUGAUCUCUGGCUCAUGCACUGGCGCUUGCUCCUCGUGUCAGUAUCAUUCAAUUCAAAAGGCAACGACUCCGGAGUUCCCACCCUCCCAGACGGAUCAUUCGAGCUUGAACCCUCGUGGGAGUUUCUCAAAGCCUGGCAAAGCAUGGAAACCAUCCUCCUCUCUUGCCCAGAAAAAGUAAAAGCAAUGGAAAUCAGCAAUUUUAGCACACAUAACCUCGAGAAGUUCCUCAAUAUCGCAAAGGUUGUGCCUGGUGUAAAUCAAGUCGAGCUCCACCCCUCAUCUCAGGAGGAGUUGGUGAAAUAUUGUAAGGAGAAAGGUAUUCAGCUGGUAACUUACUCGCCGCUGGGAAACCCAGACUCCCAAUUAUUGAGUGAGAGAGGCAUUUGUGAGAUUGCGGAAAGGUAUGGGAAGAGGAGUGAGCAGGUUUUGAUU